AUGUGUACGCCCAGAAACACCCCCGCCACGCCGCCAAACUUCCCCGACGCCAUCACCAUGUUCUCCAAACUGCGAGCGUCUGAGUGCGGCUCCGGCGUCGGCAGCGGCCCCUCCCAGGCGUCCAUGACCUGCUCCCCCCCGGUCCCCUCUUCCACGGCGGGGUUUGGCUCCUUCUGGGCUUCGUCGCCACCCGGCCACCAGCCGGCCUGGCUGCCGCCCUCGUCGCCCACCGGCCACCACGUGCACUACCACCACUACCACAUGCAACAGACUCCCAUGUGGCCCCCGGUGUCUCAGCCCAGCGGCUCCCAGCAGCCCCCUGUUGUAUCUGCGCUCCAUGGUCAGAGAUGAGGGGGGGCAGGACGGACAGGCGGGUUCACGUGGAGA